CCCAGAAAAUAAAAAUUUGUUCAUCUCCAUCCAUCUCUUUCUCAUUCUCUUUCUCUCUCCACCACUUUUUUCUCUCUCUUUACGGAUAUACAUGCCUUGACAUCUCAUGUAAUCCGUCGAGAUUCGCUUUCUUUCUCUGCCUGUAAUUCCUUGAAUUCUCCGCCAAGUUGUGUGGGGGAUGGAAAUUUGAUGGUUCGACACAGAGAAAGGGGGUGCCAAGUUUAAACCUAAUUGGGAAGGGGAAAUUGAGGAAUAGUUGCGCGCCGGGAAUCAUGGGAGAAGGAUCAUGUGAGAUGCAGCAUGAAGAUGAUAAAUCUCUUUCAGAGAAGAACAAGAAAAGGAUCGUGAAGACACAGGCUCAGGUUCAAGCAUUAGAAAACUUUUACAAUGAGCAUAAAUAUCCUUCAGAGUCGAUGAAAAUACAACUUGCGGAGUCCAUAGGUUUGACAGAGAAACAAGUUUCUGGAUGGUUUUGCCAUAGGAGGUUAAAGGAUAAGAAAUCAAUCAAUGGAGAAAACCAUGCUACUUUAAAACAAGAUCGGUCAAGCGGAGUUAUUCAAGACCGUGGCAGCGGGCAUAGGCAAGACUCAUGUGGUAGCACAAAACAGGGGGAUGGUAAGAAUCUUGAUACCAGGGAAGUAGAAAGUGGAAGAUUGAAUUCAAAAGAAUUCUCUGCUGCAGACCUUACGUAUGAGCACGAGAGUCACCAUGCCGGAAACUACAAUCGUACAAACGAUGAUUCUUCAGGAAGUAGUAGUUCAUUGCGGAAUGUCCCUCCUAAUUACCAAAACGUGGAUCCCUCUGAUGCUGCUACUUCUAGGUACCUAAUACCAAAAUUUCCAUCUGAUAUGAAGGGUGUAAAAACCAGGCCUGGCCCAUCUGGUUACUUAAAAGUGAAGGGACGACUGGAGAAUCCUGCAAUAACUGCGGUCAAGAGGCAGCUGGGAAAUAAUUAUCGAGAGGAUGGUCCUCCUCUUGGUGUUGAAUUUGAUCCACUUCCUCCUGGUGCAUUUGAAUCCUCAAUGCAGGAGCCGCUUGAUGGAAAUUACCACACUGGAGAAGAUGUCUGUGGCGUACCAGAUCUCAUGAAUGUUGGCCAGAAUUCCAAGUUUUGCAAGGGAUCUGACAUUGAUGGAAUGAAUGUCAAAACUAGGAGUGGCUCUGAUAUUCCGGAGAGCCACAUUUACCAAAAAUCCAGAAUAAAGACAUCUUUCUCCAACAGUGGUUCCUAUUAUCCGAGGAGUAACUCUUCAGUGGAAUUUACAGAAGGAACCGUCGGAGAUAGACCAGGCAUUGGGAGUAGAGAUGAGUAUGGUUCGAGGCGAAGACCUGGUUUUGAAGUUACAACAAUGGAUAUAGUUCCAAGAUAUCCAAAUAUGCAAGCUUUUGAUGGCAAAGUGAGAGAGAAACGAGCAGAGUCUUGGUCUCAAAAAUAUAAUCAUGUGAGUGCAAGGGUUGCCUUUGGAGAAAAUACUGAAAAUGAGAAUUCUGACUUGACUGCAAGAAGAAAUGGUUACCACGACUCUGUUGACAAAGGGCUCCGCCGAGAAGUUAUUAAGGAUGAUAGAAUAUAUGCCAAACGGAGGAUGAUGAAUGAACAUCAAAUGAUGGUCCCUAUCAAGAAUGAUCUUAUUGGUAUAAAAAGAUUAAGGGAAGAAUUUCCACAUCAACAACCCCCAAAAGCAAUAUUGAUGGUGGAUACAACACCGCAGAACUAUCAAGUCAUAAGGUCUGCAACAGAAAUGCCAUCAAGUUUUAGCGAAGACGACGAAAGUGGUGGAACCAGUUCUUCAGUGGAUUGAAAAAGGCAAACUAUGAAUGCUUUUCGCUGCUCGCGGAGAGCUGGAGAUAUGUACAGUUAAAAAUAAUUUGAUGGCAUUGUAACAUAUUAUGUAGCUCUUGAGUAGGAACCUUCAUUAUGUAGAGGAUGAUGAUUUUAUUUUAUCAUUGGCCCCAAUGUGAAUCAAUUAUUGCUCCUCAA